AUGAGCGUCGUCGUCGCCAACGCGGGCUGCGGCGGCGCGAGGAUGCCCUUCCGCGCGGGACGUGUCGACGCCAGCACCGCCGGCCCCGCGGGCGUGCCGGAGCCGCAGACGCCGCUCAACACGACGCUGGCGACGUUUGCAAAGGCCGGAUUCAGCCAGAGCGAGAUGAUUUCGCUCGUGGCGUGUGGGCAUACCCUCGGCGGCGUGCACAGCCGGAAUAACCCGCACAUUACGGGCCUCGACCCGAGCCCGGACACGGUGACCAAGUUCGAUAGCACGUUUGACGACUUUGAUAACCGGAUCGCGACGGAGUAUAUCCGGGGCAACACGUCGAACCCGUUGGUCGUUGGGCGGAACGAGACGCUCAACUCGGACAAGCACAUCUUCUCGUCGGACGGGAACAAGACGAUCAGGGACCUGGGGUGUACCAAGAACGGUUUCAGGACGGCGUGCGCCGACGUGUUUACGCACAUGAUUGAUACCGUGCCCGCGACGGUGCAGUUAACGGAGCCCGUCGAGCCCGUCGAUAUCAAGCCCUACGUCACGUUGGCGCUGGGCGGCAACGGGAGCCUUGCGUUUAGCGGCUGGGUGCGCGUGAGGACGACAGAGGGGACGGGGCGGGACGCGGGCGAUUUGGCCGUCCAUCUGAGCUUUGCAGACCGAGGGGGCCAGGGUUCCGUUGUUAUCCCCGCGACGCUCGACGGAGGCGGCGUCACGUACGGCCUCUGGGGCGAGACGUUCGCCUGGUACCAGUUUGAGACGGCCAUCAGCGCAAACGAUGGUGCCGGGUUCCCGCUGGACGACGCGCUGCUCUACCAAGCAGCCUCCUCUUGCGUCAACCGGACGAGCGUGAACAACGAACGCACAUUCACCGUCACGGCCGCGGUGUUGAAGGAGCGCGCGGCAGAUGCCGUGACGAUGGACAUUGUGCGUCUCGUGCGGCGUUCCGAGGCGAUCCACAGGAGGCUCGACGUCGAGAGCGUCGAGCUCGCGGCAACGGGCGAGGAGGAUAGCGGGUAUGCGCUCCUCCGUGCGCAGGUGCAGCUUGCAACGAGCGGCUGGAGCACCAGUUUCGAUCUUGUUUUGGGAGGGGAGAAGGAGGUUCGGGUCGACUUUUUGAAGACCCAAGCUUGUCCGCGUGUAUGA